AUGUGCGACGCAGAUGUAUGUGUGGGCAUUCGCUUCCGGGAGACGGGUCAGGUUCAUCUUUUGUCCGCAGAUGCUUCCGGAUUUUGGGCUUUUCUUACUUCACAAUUAGGCUCCUACUACCCAACGCCAAGGUUGAUUACAGACCGAGACUUCGAGAAGACAAGAGAAGGCACAACCGUCACAACCGCGCGAUGA